AUGUUGUACCCGUCCACAUUACUUGUUGCGUUCUUCGCAUGGAGCCAGGUUGCAAUUGCAUCGAAUACGCAACAGCUUUGCUUUACUCAUCAGACAUCGGUCUCUCCUAAGGGUGCCGUAAAGACCACGAGCCUCAUCCGAAGCAUCGCGUUCACCAGACCGUUGACCAUCACUACUACGCCAGGAACGACAGUGACGCCAGAAGCCCAAAAUGUAGCCAAGAGGAGGCGCUCACUCGAUCGCCGAGCUCGUCAGGUUCUAAAGCCCCGACUCCUUAAACCAAAGCCACAGACUUAUUACCCGGAUUCUGUAACAUGCGUUGGUGUUGUGGAAACCAUCGUCUACAAAGCUUUCACAACAGCCACCACCUACCAAGCCACCGACUACGCCAUCUGCGCCUCCAACAACUACGCCGGCGGCGCCAACGGCAAAGGCAUCGACGACUACGACACCAACCCAGCCCUCCCAUUCCUUGGCUUCACCACCGACACAUCAAAAGAAGCAUGCUGUAGAUCCUGCGCUGCGAAUCCGCUCUGCGCUGGAACCGCUUACUACGAUCCUCAGGCGGGUGGUUGGAGGUGCCAGUUGAUAGGUACUGGGUCGGGUCAGUGCUCGGCUGGACAGUACGAUUUGAUGGCGGGCCAGGCGCAGGAGUUUCCGGUGGAUCAGGGGCUGUUUGUUAGUAAUGGGAAGUGUGCGAAAUGGAGCUCGACGUAUUAG